AUGUAUAAGACGAAUUACGAACUCUACUCCCGACCGAGCAUCGACAGCCGGCGCUCGCCGCCUCCAGAUGAGCUGCUCUCCCCAUUAGCGGAGCUCUAUCCGCACGUUGCGGCCCUGCAGCCACAAUACAAUCCUAACAGCUGCACCUUCACCGGUUACCGCCACACGGGCUACUGGGCUGCAGCGUAUACCACACAGCCCCAAGAGCCGGCCUGCGCGCCACGAAGCCAUGACUGUCUAUCCGGUCGCUUCGUUUCCAAACUUCGCCGGUUUCUCAGCCGGGACGAUUUAAAAUAUCGUCGACGAUCUGAGGCGACCGCCUGA